CAGAACCCCAUCAAUGGCUUCUUUACAGUCUUCGUCUCUUAUAUUCUCUUCUUCCAAGAGAUCAAUCAACGCUGCUAUCCAUCUUCCAAAGGCUAGAACACCAGCCAGUUUCUCCAUUCCAAAGCUUCCCUUGACAACAAACCUCAAGGUUGCUGAGGAGUUGAAGAUCGGAGAUGGGUUGAUCACAGAAAAAAGCAGUGUGAAAACUGCUGAUUCUGCGGCCACAGCCAAGCUUUACGCAAUCUUGGAGGCUGUGGCUGAUAGGGUGGAGAUGCACGUCAAUCUUGGAGAGCAGAGAAAUAACUGGAACACCCUUCUCUUGAAUUCUAUCAAUAUGAUCACUCUCGCUGCUGCUACCAUGGCCGGGGUUUCGGCCACUGUUGGGGUUGGAGAACCCCCUUUGGCUUUUAAGGUGUCGUCUACUCUCUUGUUCUCUGCUGCCACUGGCAUGCUGCUUGUGAUGAACAAGAUCCAGCCGUCUCAGCUGGCGGAAGAGCAGCGAAAUGCGGCGAGGUUGUUCAGGCAACUCCAAGCCCAGAUUGAAACUGUACUCGCUGUUCGGACCCCAACUCAAGCGGAUGUCGAGGGUGUGAUGGAGAAGGUCUUGGCUCUGGACAAAGCUUACCCACUUCCACUGCUUGGUGUAAUGAUCGAAAAGUUCCCGGAAACGUUCCAGCCAGCUGUUUGGUGGCCAGGAAAUGAUUCUCACCAAGGAAGGAGAGAAUUAGAGAAAGAAUGUAAUGAGAAUAAUGGAUGGAGUGAGAAGAUGGAAGUGGAAAUGAGGGAGGUGGUCAAAGUGUUGAAAAGAAAAGAUGCUGAAGACUACAUGAGACUAGGCAACCUGGGUUUGAAGAUAAACAAAGUCUUAGCCAUCUCAGGCCCUUUCCUCACUGGUAUGGCAGCUGCCGCCUCCGCUCUUGCAGGCCCUUCUUCCCAAAGCCCAUGGGCGGCGACACUGGCAGUUGCCGCCGGAUCGUUGGCCAGCGUUGUUAACACCCUGGAGCAUGGUGGGCAAGUUGGGAUGGUGCUGGAAAUGUACAGAAACUGCGCAGGCUUCUUCCAAAACAUGGAAGAAUCCAUUGAGUCCACACUCGGAGAGACUGAACUUCAGAAGAGAGAAAAUGGAGAGUUGUUUGAAAUGAAGGUGGCUUUGCAGUUGGGAAGAAGCUUGUCACAGCUUAGAGAUCUCGCAGGAGAGGCAGAUUCCACAAAUGAAUUUGCAAGCAAGCUCUUCUGACAGAAUCUCUGUAUGAUCAUGAAUUGCCACAUAGAAAAUUUGUUAAUCCCCAAAUCUCAGUAUAGUCAAAUGUGUAAAUAAUAAAGAAACUGUCGCUUUGUUGCUAUAUACAUAUAAUGUUUGACCAUUUAAAACA